GCGGCUGCGCGUGCGCGGAGCGGCGGCGAGCGGCAGCCAUGGCGGCCAGCGCCAAGUCCUUCCUGGCCGACGCGGGCUAUGGCGAGCAGGAGCUGGACGCCAACUCCGCCCUCAUGGAGCUGGACAAGGGCCUCAGGUCCGGCAAGCUCGGGGAGCAGUGCGAAGCCGUCGUUCGCUUUCCGAGGCUUUUCCAGAAAUACCCGUUCCCCAUCCUCAUCAACUCGGCGUUCCUGAAGCUAGCCGAUGUUUUCAGAGUGGGGAACAACUUCCUGAGGCUGUGUGUGCUGAAAGUUACUCAGCAGAGUGAGAAGCACUUAGAGAAGAUUUUAAAUGUGGAUGAAUUUGUCAAGAGAGUUUUCUCAGUAAUCCAUAGCAAUGAUCCGGUUGCUCGGGCUAUCACACUGCGGAUGUUGGGCAGCAUGGCUUCUAUCAUUCCAGAAAGGAAGAAUGCACAUCACAGUAUUCGCCAGAGUUUGGAUUCCCAUGAUAAUGUGGAAGUUGAAGCUGCAAUAUUUGCUGCUGCCAACUUUUCUGCACAAUCUAAGGAUUUUGCUGUUGGAAUAUGUAAUAAAAUCAGCGAGAUGAUUCAAGGUUUGGCCACACCUGUGGACUUGAAGCUGAAGUUGAUCCCUAUUCUGCAGCACAUGCACCACGAUGCCAGCCUGGCCUCCAGCUCCCGGCAGCUGCUGCAGCAGCUGGUGACAUCCUACCCCUCCACCAAGAUGGUCAUUGUCACCCUGCACACCUUUACUCUGCUUGCUGCUUCUUCUCUGGUUGACAUUCCCAAGCAGAUUCAACUUUUGUUGCAGUACUUGAAAAAUGACCCCAGGAAGGCUGUGAAGAGACUUGCAAUCCAGGAUUUGAAGUUGUUGGCCAACAAGACACCACAUACGUGGAGCAGAGAAAAUAUUCAGGCACUCUGUGAAUCUGCUCUUAACACUCCUUAUGACAGCUUGAAAAUGGGCAUGUUAUCUGUUCUUUCCACGUUAUCAGGGACCAUUGCCAUUAAACAGUACUUCAGCAGUGCUCCAGGAGCAGCAGCUACAACUGCAAGGUCAUUUGAUUUGGUAAAACUAGCACAGGAGUGCUGUUACCAUAAUAACCGUGGCAUUGCAGCUCACGGAGUGAGAAUUCUGACCAAUAUUUCAGCCUCUUGCCAGGAAAAAGAUCUUCUGCCUUUGGAGCAAGAUGCAGUUUUUGGCUUAGAGGCUCUUCUUGUUCUCUGUAGUCAAGAUGACAGCCCAGGAGCUCAGGCAACCUUAAAGAUCACGCUGACCUGCAUGGUGAAGCUGGUGAAGUGCCGCCCUCACCUGAGCCAGUCCGUGGUGGAAUCGCUGCUGGCACAGCUGCACAGUGCCCAGGACAAUGCCAGGAUCCUCAUGUGCCACUGCCUGGCAGCCAUUGCCAUGCAGCUGCCUGUCCUGGCAGAUGGGAUGCUAGGAGACCUAAUGGACCUCUAUAAAUUAAUUGGACAAUCUGCUACAGAUAAAAAGCAGGAACUCUUGGUUUCUCUUGCCACAGUGAUCUUUGUUUCCAGUCAGAAAGCUUUGUCCACAGAAAUCAAAACUGUUAUCAAGCAGCAGCUUGAGAAUGCCUCCAAUGGAUGGACAGCCUACAGGAUAGCCAGGCAAGCUUCCAGGAUGGGCAACCAUGACAUGGCCAGAGAACUGUACCAGAGCUUGCUGACCCAGGUGGCUUCAGAGCACUUCUACUUCUGGCUGAACAGCCUGAAGGAGUUCUCCCACGCAGAGCAGUGCCUGACAGGCCUGCAGGAGGACAACUACAGCUCCGCGCUCUCCUGCGUUGCUGAAGCCCUGAAGUCCUACCACAAAGGCAUCGCGUCACUGACGGCUGCUAGUACACCACUUAAUCCUCUGAGCUUUCAGUGUGGAUUUGUGAAACUCAGGAUUGACCUUCUCCAAGCUUUUUCUCAACUCAUUUGUACCUGCAACAGCCUAAAAACAAGCCCACCCCCAGCUAUUGCCACAACAAUUGCUAUGACAUCGGGAAAUGAUCUCCAGAGGUGUGGCCGCAUCUCCAACCAGAUGAAACACUCAAUGGAGGAAUUCCGAAACUUGGCUACACGGUAUGGAGACCUCUAUCAGUCAUCUUUUGAUGCAGACUCAGCAACUCUGAGGAAUGUAGAGCUACAACAGCAGAGCUGCCUGUUGAUUUCACACGCAAUAGAAGCUCUGAUUUUGGAUCCAGAAUCUGCAAGUUUCCAGGAAUAUAGCUCAAAUGGAGCAGCUCAUGUUGAAAGUGAAUAUGAAAGACGAAUGAUGUCUGUAUUUAAUCAUGUACUAGAGGAAGUGGAAUCCCUCAACAGGAAGUAUGCUCCUGUGUCUUACUUGCAUACAGCUUGUCUGUGCAAUGCUGUCAUUGCCUUGUUGAAGGUGCCCCUUUCAUUUCAAAGGUACUUUUUCCAAAAGCUGCAGUCUACAAGUAUUAAGCUUGCUCUAUCCCCAUCUCCAAGGAACCCAGCAGAGCCUAUAGCAGUACAGAACAACCAGCAGCUGGCCCUCAAGGUGGAAGGAGUGGUUCAGCACGGAUCUAAACCAGGCCUUUUCCGUAAAAUCCAGUCUGUCUGUCUGAAUGUCUCUUCAGUGCUGCAGAGCAAAUCUGGACAAGACUAUAAGAUUCCUCUUGACAGCAUGACCAAUGAAAUGGAGCAGAGGGUGGAACCGCACAACGACUACUUCAGCACUCAGUUCCUGCUAAACUUUGUGAUCCUUGGCACCCACAACAUCACCGUGGAGUCCUCUGUGAUAGACUCAAAUGGUAUUGUCUGGAAAACUGGGCCUAAAACAACUAUUUUUGUGAAGUCUCUUGAGGAUCCGUACUCGCAGCAGGUUCGUCUCCAGCAGCAGCAGGGACAGCCCCCGUCGCAGCAGCAGCAGCAGAGGAGCGCGUACUCACGCUUCUGAUGGCCACAAGUGACUGUCCUGGGCAACUGGUAUUGCAGGUUUUCUUGGACACUUCUUUUUUAGAUUUUUUUUUGAAGACUUUUUAUUACAACCUUCUCCUGGAAAGUCUCAGAUGCCAGUUUGUUGCUUCUUAAAUUACGUGGGGUAAAUUUGAACUUGAUUCAGCAGAGGCAGCUGUUCAGAUUUGGAGUUGUGCUCUUACUAUAAGAACUUCUACCUGAUUUUUAACUUCUGUUUACAAACCUGUUCCAGCAGGUUCCACAAACUACAAUAGCAGGAGACACUAAGCUUGUCGACUGGUACUUUCCAUGCUGUUGCUUUCUGAAGCACAUAGGUUCUAAUGUCAGGCUUACAGGACAUUGGGAAACACUUCACUUUGGCUGGUUAUACUGAAAUGAGUGUAAUUCCAAGUGUGUAUCUUUUAAUGUGAAGGAAUUGGCUGGAAUAUCCAGAUAUUCUUUUUCUGAUAUCUUAAUAGCAAAUUCUAGUAUUUGGCUGGUGUAUGUAUGUUACUAAAAUUCUUCAGCACUAAUUAAUGCAUGCAGCUGGAAGAAAAAAAAAAUGCAGUUCAAUUGUGAUACCCAGUCACUGCAGAGGGAAGAGAUGGCUUGAGGGGUUGCUGUCUGGGGAGUCUUGCAGCAGGCAGAGUUUUACAGGUGGGAAUAAUCACUGUCUCUCAGAUGAUACGGAAGAUAUUACCAUGUUGUUUUUAAAUUUUUAUGGAUUUGUAUUUCUGAAACCUUUUGUUUUGUUGGGGUUUUGUUAUUUGCUCUUUUAAGAGGGAAAUUAAAAAGAAUGACAGCUUGCAAGUUAACAGCUUUGUUUUAUAAAAGGAGUCCUUGUACCAGAA